GUUCUGAUAUUGACUAUAGGUUAAAUUUUCCGGUAGCACAUUUAAAACUACAAGAAUGACAAAUAGCAGAAGAGGUCAACUAGGAUUUACUAAUACACACACUAGUCAUCUAAUUUAAUGUCAAUAUUCUACAAGAAGGUGUUAAAUUAGUUAGAGCUGAAUUGUGUAAAGGUUACAAAUAUAGUUUAAUGGCCUGCACCUUGUUAAAAGGGUGAUCAGAACUUUUAGCGGAUAACUCAUCUCAUUGAUUUAUAUAGUCAGCUGCCCAGAAAAAGGAUUCCUAGAUAAUUUAACUUUGUUGUUUUAUCUUAGUAUCUAAUUUUUAUCGUAGGUUCACCCAGGAUCAUCUAAAUGGCAGACUACAUCUAUGCCAUGGUUCACAGAACUCUGUACUAUCUUUGGAAAAGAUAGAGCAACCGGAAAUCUAGCAGAAAAUCUUGCUGAUGUUGUGGAAGAACUUAAUACUGAGGCUGCAGAUGAACUAUCAGUCCAGGAAGCUCAACCAGUCACACAUUCUGACGAGUCGACAAGCAUGAAGAAAAGAAAAAGAGGAAAUGCAGAUGCAUUGUUAGAGGCUGUCUAUGCUGUUUCAGACAGGCUCGCAAAUCAGUUUGAGGCUUCCACUAAACUCCUCAUCGCAGCUGAAGAAGAUAUGCGGGAGAAAAAGAAACAACUCAAUCAAGAACUUUCAAAGAUUCCAGAACUCGAAGUGCUCCAGAAACUUCAAGUUGCAAAGAGAAUAGCCAGUGAUGAAGACUUGAUGAUACUAUUUUUUGAAGCACCAGCCGCAGAAAAAACUGUUUUGCUGAAUGCUAUUCUAAACAAGGAGAUUUGAGACCAUAUUUUGUUUAUGUCAUUCCUGCACUUUUUAUUAACAUUUGACACAUUUCACCAACUAUAUUUGGUAACUAUUUGGUAACUCCAUAAAGCCAGUGUUUAAUGCUUUGAUAA